UCUCUCUCUCUCUCUCUCUCUCUCUCUCUCUCUCUCUCUCUCUCUCUCUCUCUCUCUCUCUCUCUCUCUCUCUCUGCUUCUCUUCCUCUCCCCUUCCCCCAUCCCUUCUAUAACCCACUAAAUAAAUAUCCAAUCUCACUCUGCAUGACGUGCCUAUCUGUCUAGGUCUCUCACCCACCACAUGGCUCCCUGCCUGGGAUCCACUGCCCCUUGUGGCUCAUGGGCCGCUCAGGGAACAGUGCCAUUUUACUUAAACCGCAACAUCCUCUUCCAAAGAACAUGCGUUCCAUUCCCAGCACCCACAAGGCAGCUUAUAAUUACCUGUGGCUCCAGUUCCAGGGGAUCUGACACUCUCCCACAGACUACAUGCAGACAAAAUGCCACUGUACAUAAAAUAAAACUAGAUUUAAAGUUUUAAGACCACAUAUUUGUUUUCCUCAUUUUGUUUAUUUUUAAAUUUUUCUUAUGUUUAUUAUCUUUUUAUUUAUUGUGUAUGUAAAUGGGCAUCAGAUAGCCCCUUCUGACCUUCCCAGGCACCAGGCACAUACAAGGUUCACAGACAUGCAUACAGGCAAAACACUCAUAUACAUAAAAUAAAAUAAUAGUUUAUAUAUAUAUAUAUGAUAUAUAUAAAGAAAAAGGUCUUAGCUUAUUUUAAAGUAGAGAAAGUCAUUUUUGUGUUUUUUUUAAAAUAAUUUAUUUAUUAUGUAUACAGUGUUCUGCGUGUAUGCUUACAUGCCAGAAAGAGCACCAGAUCUCAUUACAAAUGGUUGUGAGCCACCAUGUGGUGGCUGGGAAUUGAACUCAGGACCUCUGGAAGAGCUGCAAGUUCUCCUAAUCUCUUAGUGUUUUUGAGAUAGGGUUUCCUUAUAUAAUUCUCUUUUCCUCAUACUUUGGUAAUUUUUUUUUUUUUGCUUCUGCCUCCUAAAUGCUGGAAUUACAUGUCUGACCCACCAUACCCAGCUGAAAUGCUUGUCUUUUAAUUGAAAUGUUUAGGACAUUUACAGUUUUUUAAAUUACCCAUAUAGUAUAUUAAAAAUUUACCAUCUUAGAGGCAGGUGGAUCUCUGUGAGUUCGUGGCCAGCCUGGACUACAAGAGCUAGUUCCAGGAUAGGAACCAAAAGCUACAGAGAAACCCUGUCUCGGGAAAAAAAAAAAAAAAAAAACCUUACCAUCUUACUUUGUAUUUUUUCUUGAUCCCAUUUUUUUGCUUGCUACAUGUGUAUGGUAUGAGUGUUCAAAUGUGUAUUAGUUGUGCAUGUGGAGGUCUGAGGUUAAUGUCUCUUUUUUUGAAAAUAUUUACCUUUAUUUCAUGUCUAUGAUUGUUUGCCCACAUGUAUGUCUGUGUACCGUGUGCAAUCAGUGCUGGGGGAAGUCAGAACUCCCUGGAACUGGAGUUAUAGACAGUCAUUAGCCAUCGUGUGGGUGCUGAUAAUUGAACCUGGAUCUUCUGGAAGGGUAGCCAAAUGCCCUUAACUGCUGAGCCAUCUCUCUGGCCCAUGUUGAUGUCUCUUAAUUGAUCCCCAAGUUUGCCAUUUGAGCUAGCCUGGCUAGCCGGCUUGCUCUGGAGAUCCCGUCUCUUCCGGUCAUAGCUAGGGUUAUAAAUAGUAUACCAUGCCUACCUGACUCUUUUGACUUCUGGGAAGCCCUGCCCUCUGCUUAUAGAGCAAGCACUUUACCUGUCUCCCAGCCUCCCACCUGUUUUGUGUUUUUUUAAGAUCUUAAAAAUUACUUCUAACUUUGUGUAGGUGCGUGUGUCUGCAUGUAGUGUGUGUAGGUGUGUGUGUCUGCAUGUGGUGUGUGUGUCUGCAUGUGGUGUGUGUAGGUGUGUGUCUGCAUGUGGUGUGUGUAGGUGUGUGUGUCUGCGUGUGGUGUGUGUGUGUCUGCGUGUGGUGUGAGUGUGUCUGCAUGUGGUGUGUGUAGGUGUGUGUGUGUCUGCAUGUGGUGUGUGUGUCUGCAUGUGGUGUGUGUAGGUGUGUGUGUGUGUCUGCAUGUGGUGUGUGUAGGUGUGUGAGUGUGUCUGCAUGUGGUGUGUGUAGGUGUGUGAGUGUGUCUGCAUGUGGUAUGUGCCUGUGAGUGCAGAGGUCCUCAGGGGCCAGAGGUAUCAGGUCCGCUGGAGCUGGAGUUACAAAGGGUUAUAAGCCACUGAUGUGGAACUGUACUUAUUCUUCUGAAGAACAGCAAGUUACUCUUAAUGCUGAACCAGCUCUUCAGCCUCUGCUUGUCUUUCUCAGAAUGUAGCCCAGACUCGUUGUGUAGCCCAGGUUACCUUGAAUUCUCCAUAGUCCUCCUUUCUUGCCUACUAACUGCUGGGAUUUCAUGCCUCUACAUUAUGCUUAAUGUACCUCACUUCUCCUUUUUAAUUUUGUUAUAAAGAUUUAUUUUCAUUAUUUAUGUAAAUGUCUCCACGUAUGUCUGUCUGUCUAAGUAUAUGUACAUGUGUGCGUAAAAGUGCUGUGGAGUCCAGAAGUUCAAGCUGGCUUUGAACUCACGGAGUUCUGCCUGCCUUUGAUUAUAAAUAAAUAAAGUAUAGACCAUCAUUUCUGCCAUACAAAUGUUUUUAAUCUUUUGCUUGUUUUAAUUUUUUUGUUGUUGUUGUUUGAUUUUAGAGACAGGGUUUCUUUGUGUAGCCUUGGCUGUCCCAGAACUAGUUCUGUAGGCCAGGCUGACUUCGAACUCACAGAGAUCCGCUUACCUCAGCCUCCCCAGUGCUGGGGUUAAAGGCGUGCACCACGACCACCUGAUUUUAAGUUUUUAUUUUAUGCUUAUGGGUAUUUUGUCCGCAUGUGUGUUUGUGGAUCAUAUUCAUGCUUCGUGCUAGAAGACUGCGUCAGAACUGGAUACAGACAGCUGUGAGCAGUUGUGAACCGCCAUGUUGAUGCUGGGUUCUCUAGAAAAGCAGCCAAUGCUCUUGGCCAUUGAGUCGUCUCUCCAGCCCCACAGUUAGUUUAAAAACAGGAGAGCCAGGCAGUGGUGGCACAUGCCUUUAAUCCCAGCACUCGGGAGGCAGAGGCAGGCGGAUCUCUGGGAGUUCGAGGCCAGCCUGGUCUACAAGAGCUAGUUCCAGGACACACGCCAAAGCUACAGAAAACCCUGUCUCGAAAAACAAAACAAAGGGGAAAAAAAAGAACUGAAAGGUAGCAACAGCUACAGAGCACGAAUGUCCCUGUGCCAUCGGCCUGUACCUUGAAAAAUGAUGGUUCCAGUAGGGUUGUUUUUAUUGUUUUGUUUUAUUUUUAUUUUUUGGUUUUUCGAAACAGGGUUUCUCUGUACAGCAAUGGCUGUUAUUCUUUCGGUCCCUGCCCUAGCCACGCCCACUCCCAUUACCUCUGACCUGCCCGUAGCCAUCUUGGGACCCUUCCUCUUUCUGCUUCCUUGGCGUGCGCACGCGUUUUCUCCGUCUCUUUCUUCUUUUAUCUCCUUUCUCUUCUUUUAUCUCUUUUCUCUGUCUUUCUUUCUCCCUCUUCCUUAAUAAAUACUUAUGGCUAUUUCCUGUGUUUACGUGUCUGUUACCUGCCGCCACCGUGCCCUCCUGUAGCCGCUUUCUCCUGGCGGGCUCCGACAACCCGCCCGGGAAUCGUUUUUUAAGAAUAACAAUGGCUGUCCUGGAAUUCACUCUGUAGACCAGGCUGACCUUGAACUCUCAUAGAUCCAAGUGCCUCUGCCUCCCAAAUGUUGUGAUUAAAGACACGUGCCACCACUGCCCAGCUUGUUUUAAAUUUUAAAUGUUAAGGUUCAUUUUCAAUAUAGUGUGUGUAUGUGUCUGCGUGUGGAUCAGGUGCCCUCUGAGAGCAGAGACAUGAGAUCCUUAGCACUGGAGUUACACUGAGAACUGAGUCCGUUGAAGAUCUAGCGUUGGGGAGAGAGUGGAGACACUCGGUCCCCCGGCAAAGCAGGGGCUUCUUCUCUGACCCUGGAUUAGGCACAAACCACACUCAAACACCUUUUUUCUACAGAGAGAUCCUUUAUUAAGUAUGGAAGAAAAGUUAAAAUGGCUGUUUUCUGGCUCAGGCCCCAAAACAGCAGCAAAUGGCCUUGCAGGUGUAAUAUUUAUUUAUUUAUUUAUUUUAAAGAUUUUUUUUUUAUUAUGUAUACAACUUUCUGCCUUCAUGUAUGCCCACACGCCAGAGGAGGGCGCCAGAUGGUUUGGAGCCACCAUGUGGUUGCUGGGAAUUGAACUGGUUGCUGGGAAUUGAACUCCGGACCUCUGGAAGAGCAGACAGUGCUCUUAACCACUGAGCCAUCUCUCCAGCCCCCCAGGUGUAAUAUUUAGAAACAGAGAAAGGGGAGGUCUGUGUUUGGGUUAGGAUGUGGAUGUGGUGGUAUAUUUUGAUUGAAUAUGUUAAUUAGGUGAACCAAAGGGGACUAUAGAUUGCUGGACUUUAACACUUCUUUGUUUCGUUUUGUUUUAUUUUUUUCGAGACUGGGUUUCUCCGUGUGACAGCCCUGACUGUCCUGGAAUCCACUCUGUAGACUAGGCUGGCCUCAAACUCAGAGAUUCGCCAGCCUCUGCCUCCUGAGUGCAAUUAAAAGUGUGGGCCACCACCACCACCAGGCUGGACUUCAAUACUUUAAUAGCAAGACCUUGGCCAUCAACCUCAGAAGGAGGAGUAACUAGAUAAAGGAACGGACCUUGGGGAUUAGCUUUAGGAAUGUAAUCUCACGGUUUUUUAGCUAGACGGAGGGAAUGGGGGCAGGGCAAGGGCUGCUGGAGCUGUGCUCGCCACGCCUGAGCUGGGCAGAGCCCCUCAGAGACACCUGCCUGCCACGGGAGAUGUGUGACCAUCAGAGGACAGCCUUGGGGUUCUCUUUCCUUUCCCCCCAUGGGUUCCAGUUCCAGAAAGCAGACUCAGGUCACCAGGCUUUAUGCAACAAGUGUUUUUACCCACGGAGCCAUUCUAAGUGACAGAUAUUGGCAGAUGGAGCAUGGUGAACGGUCUGAGGCUGUCAUCGGCUACACAGGGCAUUGUCUCCAAAGAAGAAAAGCAAAAACUUUCGUAUAUUUUAUCACCCCUCCCAAAUUGUCAAAACCAUUGAGAGAAAGGGAGAAGAGUUUGACUGAUGGUUCAUGCAGUAAACCCAGCCACUCCAGAUGGUUAGACAGACAGGGCAGCCGCUUGGCUCAGACUGCCAAGCCUGAUGACCUGAGUUCAAGCCCCCAAACCACUUGGUGGAAGGCAGGAACUGAUUCCUUCCAAGUCGUCCUCUGACUAUCACAUGUUGCCCCCAUAAAUAAAUAAGAUAAAUAAGUGAAUGUAAAUUUUUAAAAUAGUUUUUAAACCAAAAACAAACAGAAAACUAAGCCUUAACGAUAGCUGCUUGCUAGCCUGUGCAGGACCUUGGGUCCAUCUGCAACACUGCAAGAGAAAGGAGAAAGAUAUACCAGGACGCAAACCGUAAAAUAUGAUCAAGUUAAAUUAAUGUGUCAGGAUGGUAGUUCUUUAGCAAGGCAGCAUUCCAGGAAUGUAAGGUGCUUGGCAUUUGGAACCAGCCAAUGAGAUCCGAAGCUUGGUUUGUCGACGCGCACACACACUCCCCUUGCCGCUGCCCCCGCCCCCUACCCCUCGCGGGCGCCCGGUGCAAACGACCCCCAAUCGCCCGGUGCUGCCAGUUACAGGAGCAUCUCUCCGCCGCCUGGUCAUGUUACAAAAGCCGAGGAGCAGGAGCCGCCCUGGUGCCCAGCCCGGGAGCGGCAGCGGCCGUGAUCUGGGUGCCUCUGGGGAGGUCCCGAGUGGGCCCGAACGCCCCGAUGCCUCGCAGGGCAGUGCAGGCGCCUUGUCGCCGAGCUCCCGCCUGGCCCAGGCCACUCCCGCCCCGGAACUCCGGACCCAGAAGCAGCUGGAGUUGAAGGUGGCAGAGCUGGUGCAGUUCUUGCUGAUUAAGGACCAGCGGAAGAUCCCCAUCAAGCGGACCGGUAUCCUGAAGCACGUCAUCCGUGACUACAAGGACAUCUUCCCAGACCUGCUCAAGCUGGCUGCCGAGCGGCUUCACUAUGUGUUCGGGUACAAACUGGUAGAACUCGAACCCAAGAGCAACGCCUACAUCCUCAUCAACACCCUGGAGCCCGUGGAGGAGGAUGCUGAGAUGAGAGGCGACCAGGGAACGCCCACCACCGGCCUCCUGAUGAUUAUUUUAGGGCUCAUCUUUAUGAAUGGCCACAGCAUCCCGGAAACCGAAGUCUGGGAUUUUCUUCGUCGUUUGGGGGUGUAUCCCACCAAGAAGCAUUCCGUUUUCGGAGAUCCGAAGAAACUCAUUACUGAAGACUUCGUGAGACAGCGUUACCUGGAGUCCCAACGGAUACCCCACACAGAUCCCGUGGACUGUGAGCUCCAGUGGGGUCCACGAGCAAAUCUGGAAACCAGCAAGAUGAAAGUUCUUAAAUUUGUGGCCAAAGUCCACAAUCAAGAUCCCAAGAACUGGCCCACGCAGUACUGUGAGGCUUUGGCAGACGAGCAGAGCAGGGUCGGACCGGAACCCAGUGGUCCAGUCUCGGCUUCUUGAAAUAAAUGCUUGUGAUUCUCAAGUUCAAGGUGGAAGAAUAGGAAAUAUGGGGAUGGGAGAAGCAUAUUUCCACAAUAAUUAAAGUGUAUUAUCUUUAAGAUGUGUCUCAGUUUAUUUUUUUCUUUUAGAACUGAUAUAAUUCUAUGAUACUGUACCUGAGCUGGGCCCUGGUGGUGGCUCUCGCCUAAUCCCAGCACUUGGGAGGCAGAGGCAGGCGGAUCUCUGAGUUUGAGGCUUGUCUUGGUUUAUAAAGAAUUCCAAGACCACACAUACACACACACACAGAGAGAGAGAGAGAGAGAGAGAGAGAGAGAGAGAGAGAGAGAGAGAGAGAGAGGCAGAGGC